AUGCGCAUUGCUUCGGUAAUCCUGACAACGUAUGUCAACAACUUUUUUUCAACGCCAGUAAAACUAAAACUAAAAGAGUUAAGAAAUACAUUUUCGGAAAAUUUGCUUCUUUUCCCCCCUGUUAUCAUAAAAAGGGAUAUUCUAAGAAUAUUCAAGGAUGGAAUACACGGGCAGCAGUUAUGAUGGUGACCACAAGAACGGAAGAAUGGAAGGCAAAGGAAAGUAUGGGUUUCCAACGGACACCAAGUAUGAAGGAGAAAUGAAGGACGGCAUGUUUCAUGGUAAAGGAACACUGUUCUUUCCUAAUGGAAGCAAGUAUGAUGCAACAUGGGAAAAUGGAAUAGCAGUAGAGGGCAAGUAUACCUUUGCUGAUGGUCUGGAGUAUGAUGAGCCAGAGUGGUUGUAUUGUGAUGGAUAUGACAGAAGAUUCUACACAGAGACAUGUGAUGGACUCAAACCAGCUGGUCGCUCACAGCUGACGAACAGGAUCCCCCCUAGAGACAUCCCAGAGGGUUGCUAUGAUACAGGAGAUGGCUUCUAUAACCCAGCAUCGAGAGUCAUUGUGGAUUACAACCAGAAAUUCCUAAGGAAUGCAGAUGAUGAUGAACAUGACUGGAUUAUCAAGACGUGCAGGAAAGGAUGGGAUGAGAUAGCCGGGUAUCAACCAAAACCAGAUUUAUAAGACGUUCUUAUUUAUACUCAAGCCAUUAAACUUAAAAUGCACUUACAAGAGAUUUUCUUAUUACGGUACAAAUAAGGACCAGGAAAUAUAAAACAGACCAGUGCCCCUACACUUUAUAUCAUGCUAUAAAUUUUGUGACAUAUGUUAGCUAGGGCAUUCUCUAAUUUUAGAGAUAUGAUCCAUUCUGUAUGCUUUACAGAACCAAACUGAAAAUUGUCAACCUGAACAAAACUCAAAACUAUCAACCUGAAACACUGAAAUUAGAGUAAUAACUGCAAUUUAGUCACUGAGUUAAUUUAGCUAGAGUUAACAAAGACAUUUCUAUUGUUCAUGCCUCAUCUGAAGCAACAAUAUAGAAAGAUGUUUGUCACCUCAGUACAAAUGUUAACCCUGCCAUCAGCCAAAGUCCUCAUUUCCUUCUGCAUGUUGUAUCAAUCAAGACACAGUGAUUCAUGGAUGUGUGUGCUUUUGAUUUUUCCUAAAGUGUUGAGUUUGUAAACUGAAACCAUUGUCUUCAGAGAGGGUUCCCUUUUCCAGUGGCAGUGAUACUUAUAUUGGCUUACCGGUAGUAUUUAAAUGAUCAGUUAAAGAUCGAUUAACUUUUAAUUAAGUUUUAAUGAAUGUACAGUAUGUAUCACAAUUUAUACGGUAUCUCACCUUUUUUUUCUUCUCCAAAUCAAUUUAUGUAUUUAUGUUUAACUGAGCUAUGCCAUCUAUUGUACCAAGCAUUUGUCUUAUUUUUUAAAUGUGAAAAAAUGUAUUUGAAUGUGUAUAUAUUUGUAUUUAAAAUGAGAAUGUAAAUAAACCUCUACAAUAAUGUGUAUAAAUCCUACAAUAUAUUUUAA